AUGCUCAUUUUAGCUGAAAUCCAGCACUGCCUGGUUAACGCUGGCGAUGUGGGAUGUGGAGUGUUUGAAUGCUUUGAAAACAAUUCUUGCGAGAUCCGAGGCUUACACGAGAUCUGCAUGACGUUCCUGCACAACGCUGGGAAAUUUGAUGCACAGGGAAAAUCCUUCAUUAAAGACGCUCUGAAGUGUAAGGCUCAUGCCCUGAGGCAUAAAUUCAGCUGCAUCAGCCGUAAGUGCCCUGCCAUUAAAGAGAUGGUGUUCCAGUUACAGCGGGAGUGCUACCUGAAGCAUGACCUCUGCUCCGCUGCCAAGGAGAAUGUCCAGGUCAUUGUGGAGAUGAUUCACUUCAAAGACCUGCUGCAGCAUGAGUAA